UCGUAAUGUAUUUGUCAUUUUAAGUAAAUAAUUGGAAAUGAUUUAUUCAAUAAAUCUGAUAAUUUUACAAAUAUAUAUUACAGAAUAAUUUACGGCAAAUACUAUAUCCGUUGGAGGCAAUAGUUGACAGGUGCGUCAUGUAGAAGAAAAACAUGGCUUCCUACACAGAUUCAGUAUCCGGGAGUCACACAAACAGUCUAUCAAAUCGCUCUGAAAGUCACGCUGGUAGUGAACUUGAGCCAAAUGAGAUCAAAGGAUACUUGAUGAAAAGAACAAGAUUAUCGAGAAAGUGGAAACGUGUCUAUUUCGUCCUGAAAAAUUGUGAUCUUCUGUAUUACACAAAUCCUGAGGGAACACCUAAGAAAAUUCCAUUGUCAAAUGCUGACAUCACAGAGACCAGCAUAGAUAAGAAACAGUUUGCAUUUUGCAUUAAAAGCAAAGAAAAUGGACGAACAUACUACAUUCAUGCAGACAGUGAGUUAAGUCAAAACUGUUGGAUGCAGGCUAUUUGCUUUGCCAAGGUUGCUGGCCGGGAUGGGUCAAGUUCAGCAGCCUGUGUCGUCCAGUGAUAAAAACAAAUAUUUUCAAUUAGGGUCCAUAUAUUUAAAAAAAAAGUGAGCAGCGGUUUCCUAGACAGAAAUAUAAUGCUAAUGCUUGCUAGUAAAAGCCUCUACAUAAAGUGGCUUUUGCUAAAACUCAUUGGUUGUGCUCACGCAUCAGGGUUCAUUAUGGUGGCUGAGCAAAAGUUUCUUUCGAAAUAAAACAACAAUGGUGUGGAUGAAAAGGUGAUGGGUAUAGAUUGAAUUUAUAAUCUCUCUUUUAUUUUAAAAAGUGCUUGUUAUCUGUACUCGCAUUCUCAGCCAAGAAGAAAGUAUAUUCCUACUGAUGAAUUUGUGAAAGGCUGAACUGGUUUUAUUAUUCUUGCUAUAAUGUGCAAAAAUUAAUCAGUGUGUUUACAUAUCCAAAAGAAAGUAUUUAUGACCUCAUGACUAGUUGUUGAAGGUACUGUCUUGCAUAAAACAAGGAGAUAUUGUGGCUUUUCCCAUUUCUACUUAGCUUCAGGAAAAAACUUUUUCAUUCUUUAUUUGCCAUGGAUGUUUGUAAGAAUACUACAAUUUUGCUUUUCUUUCCCUGUUAUCUGGCAGUUAACCUAUGUCUUUCUAAUCCUGCAUGUGGUAGAUAUUAUAUCUGCAGUCUGGUCUGAAUAUAAGCAUGUAAAAUGCUAUUAUUUGCAAGAAAGAUUUAAACAGUGAAACAGUGUUAACAUUAAAUUAAAUGAUGUGAUAAAAUAUAGCAUGUGAAGGAUCUGACUUUAACCCAUUCCUGCUUUAGACUGUUUUCAUAAAUAAUUUAAACUCUGCUAAGCAUAGCUUCAGCUAUAGAGGUAAAUACCUUGCUGUGCUUGCUUUGGAAAUUAAGCUGUUUUUUCAUUUUUAUUUUGUUUUUUUAUCAUAACCACAUUCCAUCUAAGUAGCAGACUCUUUGGAGAUCUCAAUUGCAGAUGAUAUCUGGCACUUCAACCCAUGUACCUGCCAUAAUUUUCCUUCAUUUCUUUUAUUCAUAUUCCAUGUGUAAUUAAAAAAUAUAUAGUUUAUGGGAUGGAAAAACGUAAAUAAGUCUUAAGACAUACAUUUUUGUUAUAUUGUGUAUUGAGCUUGUUGCAAGGUAUAGGAAUUUACUUGUGAUUUUAUUAAUAUAUUAUUAACUAUAGGAGCUCUUAUUCGUUUGUCAAUGUAUGUGAUUUUUUUUUUAACCAUACAUGUUUAAGUAACUUGUACAGAGUUAAAUGCAAGUUGAAAGUAAACAUUACUUGAAGUAUGUUUUAGCAUCUAUUUUGAGAUACUCUGAAAUGGUAGUAUCUUUUAUUUUUAUUUAGCACAAAAGAUGGAUUGAAUCUUUUAUAUUCUUCUUAACCUCACAAUAUGCCUAUUUCUUCUGGCGGCUACAAGAAUAUUGAACUUGCAAAUGAAUAUUAACUAAAAUGUGUAUCUUUAAACAAUGCUGCAUUGCUUAUUUGAUAAAAAAUGUUUAUCUGGCAAGGAGGCUUAAAGAAACCUACACACAUGCACUAAAUAUUACCUAGUUCAGAAAGCAGCUUUUGCAUUUGUGUUUAUUAAAAUAUGCCCCAAAUGCCCAAAAGAUCUUAGCUGAGGAUUUUUUUUUCUAAAUGACAGCUGGUCAGGAAAUGUUUGUUAACCUUUCUCAUAUAAACAGUUAUUUUGUUUCUGCUGAGUCUUUUAUGAAUGUUAUUCAAUCUUUUUAGUCAGUUUUGAUAGAGAUUAUGUGUAAAUAUAGCAUAUUUCAAAAUAUAAUAUUACCUGCCCAGCCUGUACUCAUGCCUCCCACUCCUACUCCCUAAGAAAAGACACCCAUGCACAGGUAUUUAUAGACAUGGACACAAAUAUGAAAUUGGCCUGUUUACAGUAACCAAAAUUUAUCCUUCUCGACACCACAUAUCUAUAUAUAUAUAUGUGUGGACAUAUGUGCACAGCCAUAAGCCUUCUUUAUGGUUCUGUCAUUGGGGAGAUUAACAUUUUGUGUGUUGUAAUGCUUAGAUAAUAGGUAAACAGAACCAUAAAUAUGAUUUUUCAAUGUUAUACCUUAUGUUUUUCUCUUGAAACUUUCCAGCUGUGUUCUGUGGUUUGAUGCUGCAGCAGCUUAUUUAAAGUUUGGACUGUCCAGAUGGAUAUUGAAUGGAUAAGUGACUGACAUCAUCUUUCUUUUAUUCCUUGCUCCUAUGAACUCAUCCCACAUUUUAUUCCUGUCUCACUCAGGGAAUUUUAUUAAUAUUUUUUUUUUCAACGUCGAGUGGGGUUGGCAAUGGACAUUACUUAGGAAGAAGCAUUCAAAUAUAUUGCUCUUAAUAUUAGUCUCAGCCUUGUAAUAAUCAGAGAUUGUUAAUUUCCUUUCUUUUUAUCAAUAAUGUGUUGGUCAUGUAAGGCUGUAAACCACAAUGCGCAAGAUCUGGCUUGCAAAAAGCUGGCUUAGUGGUGUCACCAGACCAGUGAGUGUUGUGGUCUCAACAACAAAGAGCUGAUUGUGAGCCCUGUUAGCACACUCAGGUUGAAGAAAGGAUUUUUGUCAGACUAGGUACCUAAUGUUUCAUCACAUUUAUUUCCUAAUAUAGAGGCAGAAUAUUUAUGGGUUGGUUUGUACAAUUAUCAAUGUUGUUUUUGUGCUGAAAGAAAGAAAUCUUAUGGAUGAAUUGUUAACGAGUCCCAUACUCUAGUCCAUUGUAUUAUUUUAUCAUUCUUUAAUUAAUUUACUUUAUUCUGUUUAGGAUUUGUUUUGUAAGUUUCUUGGGAAUUUCUUGUUGUCUUUUUAUACUCUUGAUUAUGCAUUGUCUGUAAUCUUUUUGAUUGGUAUCCAUGAUGUGUGGGUGUGAUACUGCAUGCAUAGAUGCAUUAAUGUGUGCUGCUCAUGCAUGUUUUCAUGCACAUCUACAGUAUAUGGAGCCAUUUGUAUUAAUAAUAAUGAUUACUUGCAUAAUUGUUUCUAUUGGGCUAUUGUUCUAUUGGGCUAUUGUUCUAUUGUGCUUACACUUAUUUUGCUAAGAUAUAAACAAGGGUUUUCAUCUUGCCCAUCAAUUUUUUUCCAUUUAUCAUAUAUAUGUUAGCCAUUCCAUUUUUUGUUAUUUCCAGAAUGGAUUUCAUAUUUCAAAGUUUAGGGUGGAAUGGGAUCAGUUAAUCUUUUGGAAAAUAUUUUAUCGUUGAUAUUUUUCAUAAGGUGCUUAAAAAGCUUUGAAGAUGUUACGUCAUAUAACACUGUUAAGACACCCAAAAACAAGAGCAACAAUUGGCAGAUAUUGUGAUGGGGUUGGGGGCAGGGCCGUGCUUAGGGGCAGGCGGACGAGGCAUCUGCCUAGGGCCCCGCGCUUCAAGGGGCCCCGCGCUUUUUAUUGAUAUGGUAACUAGGCCUAUGGAACUUGUAAUGUGUAUGCAGCGUGCUG